ACUGUAAUCUUCGUUCGUGUUUUUUUGUGCUAACGAUGAUUGGAGUGAUUUCGUGAAACUUUUCGUGGAUACUCUUUGUAAUACGAUGAAUUUAUUAAAUUCUAUGAAGAUAGUAGCCUUCUUACUCGUGUGAAAUUAAAAUCAUUCCUGUUGGAUGAGUUUCGCGCAUAUACCAUUGGACUGUAAUCGAACUUUGGACGCUUGCCAACCCAUUCAGCUGGCCUUGUUGCGGGUCUGCAGACGAGUUUACUCGUGCGGCACUACCGACUACGUUCGUGUUCUUAUUUGGGUUCUUGGUCUUUUACCGUCCUGCUGGAAAUUCGCGGCAUACCGUUGCUAUCAGCCGAUUGCGUAUGCGUUUGUUUGCACUUAAGCCUGUGGUACCGUGGUGCCGUAACUUUCUGGGAAUUCUCUCUCCGCUACCGUAGAGUUUUUCUUUGAAACGCUGAAAACUACUCCUUUUUCCCAGUAAGUGUUCUUCCAUGGUUAACCAGAUAUUCGGAGUUUACAGAUGAGUAACAAAAUUACGUUUGUUGCUGUUGUGAAAUCACUGUAUUAUCGAUAAGACGUUUUGCCUUUCGGAUAUUGUUAUAUCGGAAUAAUUGGAUGUUCCACGAUGUCGCUGUGGGAGAAAACUCAGCGAUUACAGGGAGAUGCCCUGGAACAGCUGCGUGCCAUUUAUUCCCAGUGUUUUCCCAUCGAAGUUCGUCAUUAUUGCGCGGAUUGGAUCGAAGCUCAGCAAUGGGAAGGUAUUGAUACGUACAACAACCUGCAUGAAAAGAUGGCUAUGGGACUGCUGAAGAACUUGUUGAAAGAAGUGGAAACAAAAGCGAAAAGUUUAUCGCCAAAUGAUUUCGUUACUAAGAUGAAGUUGGAAGAAGCUGUGACAUACCUGCGCGAUCAUUAUUUUCGUAGCCCGCUGCAUUUUGUGCAGAAUAUCCGUACCAUGUUGGAAACUGAGAAGCAUCUUGUGGAAUUGGCUGAAAAUCCCAGUAGCGGGAAUAACAUGUCCACCCAGAGUAAGAGCGGAGCAAAUGGACCUUUAAUGCAGCAAUUUGAAUUGCUACAGAAAGCUACGAAGGCCACCGAAUCGGAUUUGAAUAUCUUGCAGCAUGAGCAGGAAUCGUUUAUUAUUUUGUACCAGGAAAAAUAUCAUAUUGAAGAAGCUCUCACUAGACACACUGGAACCACCAGCACAAGCGAAGUGCGGCUGCGUCAGCGCAAAGAACAAGUGGAUCAGAAUCUCUCUCAGAAGGCUAACAGUAUUUUAGAAAAACGCAUUUUUUUGGCCAAGAAGCAUCUGGAAAGUUUACAGCAUCUGGAGAAAGUGCAGAGCGUGGUCCUUAAUGAGCAUCUGAUGCACUGGAGACGGAAUCAGCAGCUGAGUGGAAAUGGUGUACCUUUCUUCAAUAAUUUGGAUCAGAUUCAGCAGUGGUGUGAAAUAUUGGCUGAUAUCAUUCUGCAAAAUCGCCAGCAGCUACAGCGCGUAGAAGCUUUGCGCAGUCAACUGCCGAUGCCAAUGGAACAACAGGAUUUACUACCGUCGCUAAACGCCAAGAUUUCCGCACUGCUCUCCUCUUUAGUUACCAGCACCUUCAUUGUGGAACGCCAGCCGCCACAAGUUAUGAAGGUGUCCAACAAAUUCAGCUGUUCAGUGCGUCUGUUAGUGGGUAACAAGAUCAAUGUCCACCUGACACCACCGAAAGUUACCGGCACGAUUAUCAGUGAGGCACAAGCAAAUCAGUUGAUCAAAGGAGGGGAUAAGAGCGCUACCACAAAUUCUGCGGGGGUGAUUGUCAAUAACAGCGGACUGAUGGAAUACCAUCAAGCUUCUAAGCAGCUUGUAGUUAACUUCCGAAAUAUGGCGCUGAAGACUGUCAAACGAUCUGAAAGGAAGAAACACCAGGAGGCUGUUACGGAAGAAAAGUUCUGCUUGCUUUUCCAAUCGAAAUUCAACGUGGCCAACGAAAUGACUUUCCAGGUUUGGACGCUGUCACUUCCCGUGGUUGUCAUUGUUCAUGGUUCCCAAGAAGCACAAGCCACAGCUGUCAUUUUAUGGGACAAUGCCUUUGCUGAGCCGGGUCGUGUGCCUUUCGAGGUUCCAAAGGAAGUGUUAUGGAAAAAUUUAGCGGAACAGUUGAAUUUUAAAUUUAAAAGCCAAAUUGGGACCGGAUUGUGUGAGGAACAUUUACGAUUUUUGGCGGCUAAACUGUUAGGACGGAAGGAGGACACCAUGGAAGAUUUGAGUAAUGCCAAAGUAACGCGGGCUAAAUUCCACAAAGAAAACCUGAUUGAUCGCAAGUUCACUUUCUGGGAAUGGUUUUAUGAUGCUAUGAAGUUGGUGAAGGAUCAUCUGCAAGAUCUGUGGAACGCUGGAUGCAUCCACGGAUUUGUCGCUAAACAAACCGCUCAGGACUGGCUGCUGCAGAAACAUUCUGGAACAUUCUUGCUCCGAUUUAGCGAUUCGAUUCUGGGUGGCGUAACUAUAGCGUGGCAUCGUCAGGACGCGGAAAGCGACAUUCACGAAGUGCUUUCCAUACAACCGUACACGAGCAAGGAUUUCCAGAUCCGCAGUUGUGCUAACAGGAUUAGGGAUCUGGCGGAGAAUUUGUUAUACCUUUAUCCGGACAUUCCGCGCGAUCAAGCCUUUGCCAAGUAUUAUACCGCCACCGAUGUUCGUCCGCAGGUUGGAGGCGAUUAUGUCCCUUCGGAUCUGCACACCACGAUACCUGGAUUUCACGGACGCGGUAGUGGAUCGCGAGCGGUGACGCCCUUCUCUGUGCAGUCGCCACAUUCCCCCGAAGGUUCUGUCCAGGAUCCUCGUUCCGUUCUCAGCCAUCAAACCGAAUCGAACAUGGGCGGAGGAAAUGAGAUGGAUUUCACUGAUACAAAUAGCCCGGAGAAUAUGGAUCGCUGGCUGACGGAGGAUUUGAGCUCUUUCGAGCCUAGCACUGACGCGGCCAUCUCGCAGAGUGAACUGUACAGUAUCCUGUAUCCGGCGCCGGGAGCCCCAGGUGGAUCGAUGCCGCGCUAAGUAACAACAGCCUGUGUGUUUCUCAUGCUACUCACACGCGGUAAACGUCUCACGCACUCGUUCUUCAUGUCGGCUCGGACACACACAUGAUUAUCCAUUCUGUAUUUUAUUUUGUUAAAGAAGCGACUAGUAUUUUGUUGAUUUUAGCCGAUAGUAAGAUUUAUGUAAGAAAGUUUGUUUUGUUUAUUUUAAACGCGAGUAUAUGUGUCUUUUAAUGAAUUUAUUGCGUUUUUUGUAUUCUUUUAACCCGGUUUUGGGUAGCUGUGCUUAGUUGGCGUUGUUGCUUUAAUGAUUUUUGUGAUGCUACUUUCUUUUCGGUGCACUUUCGUUUUCGUUCAUUAGCGGUAUGUUAGUGGCGUGUACAGGUUUGUUUCUGGUACUCUUUUAAAAUGAAUUUUAUUGCGUUUUCUGUUCAUAGACCCCGCUUACUAGCUGCUUUCUUUAUGCGAACGGUUUUUACGUAUUCGUGUAAAUAAAUAAAUAUCGAUAAGUAUCAGA